AACGCUUUCCAGAAAAGCUUGAAAGUGCCUCUUAUUCACAGGUUUCCUCUUACGAGACCCGACCUUUGCAAGAAAUGGGAAGCUGCCGUUAAAAGGAAAAACUUCAAGCCGACCAAGUACAGCAGCAUUUGUUCAGAACACUUCACUCCCGAUUGCUUUAAACGGGAAUGCAACAACAAGCUUCUGAAGGAAAACGCUGUGCCCACGAUAUUUUGUUACACUGAACCCAGUGAGAAGCCUGAAGAAUUUGCAGAACAGCCAGAAGAUCCAUUACCACCUCCGCCGCCGCCGCCGCCGCCGCCACCACCACCACCGCCUCCGCCACCAGCAGCCCCAGUACUACCGCCAUCUCCAUCAACUCCUUCCUUUCAUUUGUCUCAGAUAGAUGCCAGAUUUGUAGAUCCUAGUAUUGGAUUAUUGAUGCCUCCGCUCCAGACCCCUAGCAAUCUUGCUGUUUUUUGUGACCACAACUAUACCGUAGAGGAUACAGUUCAUCAGCGAAAAAGAAUUCAGCAGCUGGAGGAACAAGUUGAAAAACUGCGGAAGAAGCUCAAGACAGCGCAACAGCGAUGCCGGCGUCAAGAAAGACAAAUUGAAAAACUGAGAGAGAUCGUUCAGUUUCAGAAAGAAAAGGACAUAUUGGCAGGAAAAGGCUAUGUGAUUCUGCCCAAUGACUAUUUUGAAGUUGUAGAAGUACCUGCCUAGAAGUCACAAACACCAGUUUUCACUUUGCUAGGCCAAGAAAUUUAGUUUAAAAACUAAAUGCUCUCUAAUUCUGUGUGUGAGACUCUCCGGAAUUCUAAAACAGUAAAUAAGCAGUCACACAAAUAAGAUCACAUUUUUUCUUCAUUGCCAUUUCGGUUUGAUACCCUUUUAAUACAUUGAAAAUGCAAGCAUCUCAGAAUUAGAAUAUGCAUUUAGUUUACAAAACCUGAAUUGCUUUACAAAAGGAAAGGAUGCAAGGUUUAAUACAUUUAAAAUCAAUUUUUUACAAUGGCUGUCUUAUGCUGACAGGGGAUGGGGAACUGAAUCUGGCUGAGAGUGAAGCUGAGGUUGUUGUACACUUAGUGCAAAACUUUGUUAAGGCAUUUAACGUUCGCUUUGGUGAUCCCCAGGAAGUAGUUUUCACUGAUUUCAGGAGGAGCAGAUUUAGGCCAGCUAAGAACGCCUGCAAGUGCUGCAGAAAGGUAGAGAAAAAUAAGAUACACAUUUCAGCCUGGGAAAACUUCCAACCUCAGUUUGCUAUGCCUUCAAAGCACUGCAAAAAGUCUAAUUCCUGGAUCCCUUUGUUUUGAAGGCACUUAAAAAUACUCCUGAAGUGCAGUGCUGCACUGAACAUACACGUUAUGGGACUGUUGGCAGGGUCAAGAAGGCAGCGGGCUGUUUAGGGCGACUGCUUUUGAGAAGUACCCUGGUAACAUACAGUCCCCAAUAUGUUGGAGCGUGGUGUUCCCAUAGGCGCUGUAACGGGUAGAAUGUUGUCCUUGUCUUUGAAUUUGUUGAUGUUAACCCACAUCUCAACCAUGUGUAGCUUCAGGAAAUGAAGAAAUUUUGAAGUUUUUUUACUUUACUUCUCCAGGGUGUCAUGCAUUUGUGACUUUUCAGUGCCGUAUACUGUGAUUUUCUUUUUUUUGUUUGUUUGUUUUGUUUUGUUUGGUUUGUUUUUUUGGUUUGUUUGGGGUUUUUUCUUCCUGAAAGGUAUCCACCAAAGGGCAGUUACGGAAUUAGACUUUGGGAGUUGCUUGGUGCUAGACUGGUUUUUAAUAUCUCAAAUGCUGCUGCCUCUCCUUCAGCCUUAUUAAGACUCUUUCUAAACAUGAAUUUAGCAUGACAAAGUAGUGCAGUGGUUUGCACUUACUCUCUAAUCAUUUGUUUAGUCAAUGAACUCAUUCAAAAUCCAAGAAAAUGGCAUCAUGCUAACCUUAUUGUAGCCUUCACAGCUGAGAUUCCCGCACAUACUAGAUGUGAAGAAAAUUACUUUUCUCAGUCCAUGUCAAACUUGUGUGUAGUGUGGAUUCUAGCUCUGAUGUUAAUCAAGCUCUGUUCUUGAUGGCUCUAAAAGCUUCCCUUAACAUCCUGUUAGCAUGACAUUUUGAAAUGUUUUGAACCAGUCUUGAUACUUCUGACCUCACUCAUGCCAUGCAUCUAUUUUCCCUACCAUUUCAUAUACUUAAGAUGAACAAAAAUGCUGAUGCAUCCUUUUGUGUACAUUUAUUAUACCUGAUUAAAAAUACAAAGCAAACGGUGUGUUAGAUUUUUAACUGCUCGCUCUCCUCUUUUCCCAGGACUUUGCCAAAACUUG